AUGAAGUCAUCGCCGAGCGCGUCCGAAAGUUCGCCACAAAUCCGCUCCUCCCUCCGCCAUCGCCUCUACUACUACUACCACCACCAAGUCUACCGCCACUCCUCUGUGUGCUUCUCGCAUGCCACGCUCUCCCCAUCUGCCCUCAAAGCCGGCGAGAUGGAUGUCCUCGCGCGCGCAGGGCUCGUAGACCUGGACGAAGACGCCCUCGCGCACCCGCGCCGCUCGCCCGCCCUCUCCUCCUGGCCCGUCCCGCCACCUCUCUUCCUCCGCCAAAAAACCCUCUCAACCUCUCAAGAUCCAUUCCCACCGUCUCCCUCAACGCCCCCUCCCAAACGCGUCCCUCCAAACCUGAUCAACACCGCCCUCCCGCCCGAGCUCCUCCUCUCAAUCUUCACCCUCCUAACCCACUCAAUCGCCGACCACGGCGCACACUGGUCCUACUCCCCCUCUUGGCUCUCCCUCACCCACGUCUGCCGCACCUGGCGCUCCCUCGCGCUUUCCUCGCCCCUCCUCUGGACACGCAUAUCCUUCUCGCGCUCCACCGGCGAUCUCGCGAAUGCUAUGUUAUCCAGAUCAGGCGACGCGGAGCUGGACAUAGCGUACGGCGACCGCCUGGCGCGUAUGCCGCCCUUGCAGCUCUACACCGCGCUCUCUCCGCGUCAUCUAAGACGCACAUCGUACCUCCGGCUCAACGUCACGCGCGCGCUCCUCGCGCAUCUCGCCGCGCGCCUGCCCCCGGACGCGCCCAGCCUUAGACGGCUGCACAUCGAUCUGGUGGACGGGAUGCAUGCGCCUGGAGCGGGGCACGCAUUACCUGGUAUCGCGAAUUUGCACGCUGGAGAGCUGAGAGUGCUGAUAUUGGACGGGGUACCGAUCCCGUCUAGCGCACCGCUCCUCACACACUCCCAUCUCCUCACCGAGCUCGUCAUAUCCGGCAUCCCGCGCCCGGCACGGUGGAGCGUAUCCUCCGCCCUCCUCCUUCUCUCACACACCCCGCAUCUCAAACGUCUAUCCCUCAUACACGCGAUCGAGGAAGACUACCCGGACGACGCGCCCGCAUCCCCCCUCUCCCUCGUACAUCUCGAGCGCGCGACGAUCCACGCGCCGACGCCCGCUGUAUCGUCUUUUCUCUCGUCUCUCACUGCUAGUUCCGCAGAGAGUACGACGCGGUAUACGCUCUCGUGCGCCGCGCGGGAGGAGGGGCAUACGGCUCUCGCCGGCGCUGUCUCGCUCUCUCUGCGUUCUGGAUGCAUCGAGAGGCUGGACGUAUCAUUCGGUCUGACGGAGUUCGCCGUCCGAUGCUACACCUCUUCCCCCUCUGGCGCAAUGCACAUGGCGCUCGAACUCCACCUCGAACCCGAACGCGUCCUCUCCGCCCCGCACAGCUCCGGCCGCGCCUCGCUCCUCGACCUCAUGCGCUCCCCGCUCACAGCCUCAACGUUCGAGAACGUGCGGCGUUUGAGGGUUAUGAACGACGGGGCGAUCUGCAGGGACGAUAUGCGUGUUAUGUACCGCGCGCUCGCGGGGAGGAUCGAGGGGCCGUUGGAGGAGUUUGGGUGUCAUGUGCGGGACAUGGAGUAUGAUCGUGAGGGCGGUGAGGAGGGCAUCGGGACGUUUUUGAGGGGCGCGAGGAGGAUAGGCGUUAAGAUUGGCUCGUGGAUCCCGGACGACGAGCGCUUCGGGCGGACGGGGCGGGAUUGGGCGAGGGGGUGUAUACGCGCUUGGGCCUUUCCGUCUCCUGCUCCGUCUACCCGUUCCAAACCCCUCAAUUCUCCUCGAUCAGGAUCAGGUCCCAACGAGGGGGAAGCGGUGCUGGAGGAGGUCGUGAUAGAUGAGAGGGAGCGGUACAGCGGGGCCGCGCUGAGGUGUUUGUUGGGGCUCGAUCCGGAUCCGCCUAGGCAGGAUGCGGGUGAGGAAGGGGAAAGGGGAGGGGGAGAGGAGCCGCCGUGGGUUGUUGAGCAGAAGCAGAGGAGGACGCCUGUUGUUGGUCCUACAUCGUAA